CACAAAACAAGAAAGCAUUCAAUGGAUUCAACAAGACACUGGCGAUUCAAUCUUCAAACUCCUGAUUCCACAAAGCGUGUUGCUGUGGACCCUCCGGGUUACGUUGGAAACAAGCACAUCGCUACGAGAGGACAUGACGAGUCCAAGGGCAGACAAGUUGACAAUGAAAUGCUGAAAGUUAAGAAAGCGUGGGAUGUAGCCCUCGCGCCAGGAAAGCAGCUCCCCAUGCAGGCGUUCAUGCUAUGGAUGAGUGGCAACAGCGUUCAGAUCUUUUCCGUGGCCAUCACGGCCAUGCUCAUGUUCUCGCCCAUCCGAGCCCUCGUGAAUAUGUCUCAGGUGCUCGAGAGAUACGAGACGGUGUCACCGGUCAAGGUGUCGUUCAUGGAAAGCAAAUUAGCGCUCCCGAAACUGGCAUUUGUAGCGAUGCAGAUCCUGACCAUUUUGUUGGGCAUGUGGAAGUUAAACUCGAUGGGACUCUUGCCGACAUCGCACUCGGACUGGCUGGCGUUCUUGGACCCCAAGAUCCCAGUAGAAUACACGGCAUCGUAGCAUGGUACAUACAUCUGUCUGGGAUGCUCUAUAUAUACAGUUUCUGUUUCGCAGCAGCGUACUUUACUUCCCAGGGCUGAAUAAAACCUUGGAAACCAUAGAAUGGGGCCUUGAAAAGCCGUUAAUGUGCCAUGUAUUUACAUGAUAUGAGAGGGCAGGAGAAGUGUAGCUCCUUGAGGAGGGGGGUUUUGUGUGCAUAAGAAACAUCCUCGAUAUUCUGGAAAGUAU